GGGAAGUUUUAUUCCAGCAACCCGGCAUCCAUAUUGAAAUUCAAAAAGUAUUAUGGCUAUGGCGGCUAACGAAAUCCAUCGUCAUCCUCUCCCGCCGUGUAUUUGUUAGCAGUUUUUUUCAAAGAAUAUUAUUCUCUACAUAUUUUACUACUUCUAUAGUCAAUUAUUUUUAUGAAUAAAGAAAGGACCUCGGCUUAAUGGCUGAUGGAACCGAUGAUGUGGAAUGGUGUUUCUCACAAGUUAAAGGAACUGUCGAAGAAGAAGUGACAGAGGCUGACAUAAUUUCAACAGUCGAGUUCAAUCACGACGGAGAGUUAUUAGCGACAGGUGACAAAGGUGGCAGAAUCGUGAUAUUUCAACGAGAAAACGCCCCAAAAGGCUCACCGAGAUAUGGCGAGUACACCGUAUAUAGCACAUUUCAAAGCCAUGAACCCGAGUUUGAUUAUCUAAAAAGUUUGGAAAUUGAAGAAAAAAUUAAUCAAAUCAAAUGGUUGCGAAGAAAAAACCAGGCUCAUUUUCUACUCUCAACAAAUGAUAAAACAGUGAAACUUUGGAAAAUAUCUGAACGUUGCACCAGGGCUGAAGGCUUUAAUCUCUGCGAUGAACGUGGAAUAGGGUUGGCACCUGAUAACUUGACUGAAUUAAGAGUGCCAACUCUGAGGCCCUCCGAGUUGACCGUCGAAGCGAGUCCAAGAAAAAUCUUUGCCAAUGCCCAUACAUAUCAUAUUAACUCCAUAUCUAUAAAUAGUGAUGACGAAACAUAUCUAUCUGCUGAUGAUCUUAGGAUUAAUCUUUGGCAUCUUGGAAUUACAAAUCAAAGUUUUAAUAUUGUAGACAUUAAGCCAGCCAAUAUGGAAGAGCUUACUGAAGUAAUCACAGCUGCUGAGUUUCACCCUGUAGAAUGUAACAUUUUUGCCUAUAGUAGCAGUAAGGGAACCGUAAGGCUGUGUGACAUGAGAAAGGCAGCUCUUUGUGAUAGACAUUCAAAAUUGUUUGAACAACCAGAAGAUCCAGCCAACAAAUCAUUUUUCUCGGAAAUCAUCUCAUCAAUAUCAGACGUGAGAUUUUGUCGCAGUGGUAGAUAUAUGUUAACACGAGAUUACCUCACGGUCAAGGUCUGGGAUCUCAAUAUGGAGAAGACACCUGUGGACGUUUUCAACGUUCAUGAUUACCUAAAAACCAAGUUAUGUUCACUGUAUGAAAACGAUUGUAUUUUUGAUAAAUUUGAAUGCUCGUGGAGUGGAGAUGAUAAAUCCAUUAUGACCGGGUCCUAUAACAACUUUUUCCACAUAUUUAAUUGUCAAACGAAGGAAGAUCUUUGCUUUCGAGCAUCGCGUGAGGGAGCAAAACCGAAGCAAGCUCUGGAGCUAAAGAAGGUAGCCACUUCUGGCAAACGAAAAAAGGACGAAAUUACUUUAGAAUGCUUAGACUUCAACAAAAAAAUCUUGCAUACCGCGUGGCAUCCUAUGGACAAUAUAACCGCGGUUGCAGCCACUAAUAACCUCUACCUUUUCCAAGGCCGAUCCAAGCAACAGCAGCAUUGAUAGAUUUUUCUAUAGGUCUGACCUUAGAAAUUAUACAAUAUUAUAGCUCAUUUUUCAUAGUGUAUCAUUAUACACCAUAAAUUAUACAU